AGGUGUCGAGAACAUUCUCGUACAAAGCCGCUGGAUAUUUAAAAGCGCCGACUGCGCAUACGUACAUCGCAGAUCGAAGUUGUGUGUGCGACUGGUGGUUACGUACUACGUCGUUUCUGCUGCUCUGAUUGUUGUUUCUUAACAGAAAGAUGGCUCUUGUUCGUGAACUAUUCGACGAACUAAAUCGCCCAAUGUAUCUGUUUGAUCAGAAUUUUGGGCUUGGGAUGUUGGGUGAUGACCUAUUGAUGCCACGCACGGCUACAGUGCCUUUGCUGUCUGGUUACUACCGUCCGUGGCGUCAUGUUGCAACGAGGCACAGCGGUACAUCAAACAUUCAGAAUACAAAAAGCGAUUUUAAGGUGAGUCUUGAUGUGCAGCAAUUCAAGCCAGACGAAAUAAAUGUAAAAAUGGUUGACGAUUUCGUCGUCGUUGAAGGAAAACACGAGGAGAGACAGGAUGAGCACGGUUUUAUUUCCAGACAGUUUACUCGCAGAUAUAAGCUACCAAAUGAUGUUGAACCAGAGGCAGUAACGUCAAAACUAUCAUCUGAUGGUGUUCUUACCAUUACAGCUCCAAAGAAACAACUGCCUCCAGCAGACUCAAAAGAGAGGGUCAUUCAAAUUGUGCAGACCAACAAACCUGCCCUGAGAUCUGCACCUGGAAAUGAUGGUGACAAACAGGAGAAGAUGGAACAAUAAUUAAAAAAAAAAAUUCAUUAAGUAACUGUAAACAUGACUGGUUCAUUAAAUUUUGAGACUGAAAUAAGCUUGGAAUUCUCAUAUUUGCAUUUCUUUGUAUACUAAGUAAUAAAGAACUUUUUCUCAA